AUGGCGAACUCACUGCUCAUGCCACCGAGCAGCUCAGAGCCUCAGAAUGCCCUGGCGCUCUCACAGCAAGCACCCAGCUUCUUCAAAUCGCAAACCUCCUGGUCCCUGCCGUACCCAUUGAGCCUGUUCUCCAACUCCGAGUCGCAAGAGAAGUGGCAAAGCUAUGAAAACAUUCUCAUCGCAUGUCUACGGACCGGGGACAAUGAGUCCGCAUAUCUAUAUCUGGAGGAGCUCACCGACCGCUUCGGAGAAACAAACGAGAGAGUGAUCGCGCUUCGGGGUUUAUAUGCAGAGGCCACGGCGCGGACACCACAGGAACUGGACGAUGUGAUGGCAAACUACGAGGAGAUUUUGAAAGAGGAUCCAUCCGUCUUUACCAUUCGCAAGCGCAGGGCGGCAUUACUGCGAUCCAUGGGCAAAACAUCGGAGGCUGUGACUGCUUUGACAAAUCUUUUGGACACUUCGCCUACGGAUGUUGAGACGUGGGCAGAGUUGGCGGAUGUCUAUGUUGAGCUUGGCUUGUAUGAACAGGCAAUCUUCUCUCUGGAAGAAGUGCUGCUCUUUGCGCCCAAUGCAUGGAAUAUGCAGGCGAAGCUGGGUGAGGUGCUAUACUUGUCGGCGGUCCGCGCAGAAGGUGGAGAUCAGUUGAAGACGUUGUCAGAAAGCAUGAGGAGAUUCUGUCGGAGCAUCGAGCUUUGCGAUUAUUACUUGCGCGGGUACUAUGGCCUGAAGCUGUCGACUACAAAGCUGCUGGACGUCCUGGCAACAUCAAAGAAGUCGCAGCAAGCAGCUGCGGAUCCCGUCACAGGCGAGCUGGCCACACCCUCCCUUGCUGCUGUGACCAAACUUAACGAAGUCGCUACGUCGAAGCUGGUCGAAAUAGUGCGAAGAAGCGCAUCAGGCGAGAAGGACUGGGAUGGAUACAAUGCCGCCGAGGUUAUCGCCGCACGCGAACUCAUAGAGAAAGAUGUGCAGAAGAUUCAACGAUGA